AUGCGCUGUCUUGUAAGCCUAGCUCUGGCCCUACUGGCCCUGGAGGCUGCCCUGGCUCUGGCCCCAGCCCCGGCCCUCACCUUGCCAGCGCAGGCUGUGUGCCCGGAGCUCAGCUCCUCCGAGGAGGACGCCUGUGUGGUCUCCUGCAACUCAGACGAGAACUGCCCCCAAGGCACCAAAUGCUGCCCCAGAAGCCCCUGCGGCCGCUCCUGCGUGGUCCCCCUCAUCGCGCCUGUGCAGAAGGCCGGCCGCUGCCCCUUGGUGCGGGCCCCGCUGAUGCCGGCACCCUGCUUGGAGAGCAGUGAGUGCUCCCGGGACGACCACUGUGCCGGUGACAGAAAGUGCUGCCUGAGCACCUGUGCCAUGAGGUGUCUCUCACCGGAGGCAGGUGAGCGCCCCACGCCCUCCCGGGACCGCACCACGGUCACGGCCACAGCCCCAGCCACCGUGGCAGAAGAAGGCCUAGGCUCAGUCUAG